AUGCUUCAUAGGGGACCGGACGUACAGCCUUCGCCGCGGCCGAUGAAGACCAUCCAUCCAGGACACAUGCGGUUCAGCUAUUCCGGAACAACCUGGCGUCUGGAACGGGUCGAACAUGGCAAACCACGAGAUUUGGACAAGAACCAUGAAGCCCGAAGUAGGAAAUGGGACUCGGCCACAGGAGUCGCUUCUACCACCUCUACAGUUAGAUCUGAGGAUCGACGGCGGGAAUGCUUUUAUGCGGCCAAGGCUGAGCACGUUAGCCCUAAGUCGACCGUCCAAGGGCAGUCUUCCACGCUGGCUCACCAUUCGACCGAUGGGAAGCUGUUUACUGGCAUUGACAUAGGCUAUGGUUGCAAAUAA